AUGGUCCCCUAUCGACGGCCAUCUCAACGCGACCGUCGCCGUCUAGAGCAGCACAGCGACCCUUACGAAUGGAACGACCAGCGCGAUAAGCCCAUCAUGACGGCCACGUUCCCCAUCCAUCCCGUCUCAGCCAUGCAGGCCCCCUUUGAGGAAUCGAUGCUCGAUGCGACCGGCGAAACGGGCCAUGUACCCUUCACACACCCGAAAAAGGGCGUCAAGACGCGCCAACAGAUGCUGUGUCGGGAAGAGGGGGCAGCAGAAUCCUCGUACAACUUCACAUACAACUGUCACUGGCGCAACAACCCCAAGGGCAAAUUCCACCCCUUGAACAAAACGGCCGCGCAGAUCAUCUUUGGUGUGCAUCUCUUGCACCAGCAUCUCGAGAAGUCGGUCGCCGACGUCGCAGAUAUCCUCUUGAAGCAUGUCAACGAACUCGACAACUUCUUGCAACGUGCCAACGAAGAUCUCGAGGCCAGUUUGAAGGAUAUGCUCUUCCGUCACAAGUGCUUGAAAGUCCCCAUGGAACACGUAAACGAGUUCGACCGCCUCCUCGAAGACCGCGCAUACCGAGCCCAAUUGCUAGACGGCAACGUUGUCAUCGAACGAACCAUCGGACGCAUGUCAAGCAUGUUGAAUGACUACCUCAUCGACAUGAAUACCUUCCGAGAGGCGAACCACGCGAUCGACUCCUAUCUGCUCGACAUUGGCCACGACUGGACAUGUCGCAAUGAAGACAUUGGCCGAAUCUACUCGGCCAUGUGUGGAAACACGGGGGGCUGGUCACAAUUCUUGCAGAGUCUCGUCGCGAAGGCUGAAAGGCUAGGCGUUGUGCUCGUGCAAGUGAGCAGUUACUGCAACGAGAUAGAAAAGCGAUGUGGCGCUGCCAGCCGACGAAGCUUGAUUGCCACUCGGACCUCCUCACGGAACUCAUCCAAUUCGAGAGAAAACGGACGGAAUUUCCGGAACUUUGCAAACAACAAGCCUCUACCCACGCCACCAAGCGAGCGACCCCCAAUUAUACUACCAUCCAACUCUGGUACCGAGAACCACUCGGGAGCUGGCAGUUCACAACGACCCUUGGGGAAGUCACAACUUCGUCCUCAGGCAGAUGCGAUGCAUUCCGAUUCGACCACGGAAACCCCCAAAAGAAGCCAAGAUUCAGCCUCCACAUCAGGUACAUCGAUUCUCGAAAUAGAUGAACAACAUCAAAGUACCCAGGAGCAGCCUGAGUACUACCACGAAGCCUGGCACGACGAUGACCAACGUGGGCGAGCGUCACCGCCGAUAGAUUCAGGUCGCACAACCCGAAUGUCUGGAUUGCCACAAGAUCUUGCCCCAGUAUCAAGUACGGCGGAGGAGAAGUGGUCAACGUCUCGACGUGCAUCUGGCAGACCAGACAAAGGGGAGCUCAGUCCACCCUGGACAGGAAAAGACUCUGCAUACUCAUCCGUAUCUGGAGCCUCGGGCAUGUCACCGACCCUUACGACCCCACGAUCAGUUUCAUCCAUGUCUUCGCGUACUGCACAAUUUGGACUGUUUCCGAGUAGAAACCGAAGCACACCAAAGGGCUCCUUGUCUGGACGCCACGGUGCCCAAUCACCUGUAUUGAACCAAGCAUCAGAGUUGAGCAAACCAGCAGACAUGCCGAGCCGUCCACCGACAUCGAUGAGCACCUUUUCAGAGGCUGGUUCAAGUAAAAGGCUGUCUAAGCGCAGCAGCUUUUCUUCCUUGAAACGUUUCUUUACAAAGAAGAAGUCCGGUGAGAUAGGCACCAUUGCUGAAUAG